AAAAUUAUCAAAGCUUUCGUUGCAUUAUAGUUUUUAUUUAAAUAAUCUAAGUUAAUUCAAACUGUGUUAAAAAAAUAAAUACAAGAAUGGAUGAAGGUACAAACAUUGACCUUUUUUUUUCAACACUGAACGUAGCGCACUCUGCUGGUGCAUUUGAAAACUAGUUCACGUUCCAAUUAAGCAUCAGCAUAAUUCGGCAUUGUGCGCCACUGAGUCGCAUUAUGCUCUGUAAUUGGAAAACUACCUAUAUUAUGUAUAGUGCUAUCAUCUUAAUAAAGGCAGAAAUACACUUGUCUAUCGUGUUGUGUUGUGACGCCAUCGGUUUCAUUGAUUUAGAACUCAUCUUCUCAUUCUAACCAUACUAAAUGUAUGAAAUAUAAAGCUUUCUGAUGCGCACACACAAUGCAACAGAUAAUGUAGUUGUGCAGUUUUUUUUGGCGGGAUUUCAUCAAGUGCGGUUGGCAUCUUAUUUUAAUUAUUCUUAAGUUCGGUUGAAGUGGAUAUUGUGAAAUUAAAUUGGUGUGAUUUUGUGUUACAACCGACUGCGCAACUGAAGAAUUAGUGGAAUCUUUAAAAUAUACGCUAUUCCGGUCAAGUGGACGUGAGAACUUUAUUGUAGUGUUGACUACCUUACAGAAGCUUAACGGAAAAGCUAAUUCGAUGCAUUUCGCGCCAAACACUCCAAGAAACAUUAGAAUAAGUCAUACUGACAUUCUAAUGUAAAAUACGAAGAUUAAUAAAACUAAAGAUUUGGCUGUAUGAGCAUUGUUUCCUUUGCCUUCCCCUUAAAAGGGAGAAUCUUAAAAAAAUGUAGUUGUUCAUUAGUCAAUGCUGUCAAUGCAUAUGCUUAUCCUUACUUUUUAAUGACUUAUCAUCACCCCAAUAUAGCUACACUUCUACAUACUAAUGACCUAUCUGUGUAUACAUGUAUUAUAUCUUUCCUUUUGCUCAAUAACACUGGUUAACAAUUUUUAAGGUUUUGUUAAUCCAUGAAAUGAGUUGUGCUAAUUGCGAAAGAAUACCUCUAAACAUACAUUUUCAUCUGAACGCACAAACCGUGCAUGCCAUAAAAAAAGAAAAAGAAGAAGAAGAAUGCUUAAGCAUUAUGCAUAGUGUCAAUGUCAGUUCGGCUUAGGGUUUAGUGUGUCGGUCGAUUAGUUGUUUGAUUUGAUAAACUUGGCUAAACCAAGUUUCCUAGUCAAAACAUAAUUUCCUUUCAAAUAUGAGUAAUAUGUUUAAACUGAAGCUCACUGCAUUAGGUCAUCCUAACCCUGAAAAUUUUAAUUGUGAAGAUGAAAAAGAAUAUAGAAGUGUUGUUUUGUGGUUAGAAGAUCAGAAAAUCCGGCAUUAUAAAAUCGAAGAACGGGAAGGCCUACGUAACAUAGAUGCCGAUAGUUGGGCUGGAGCAUAUGAAAAUUAUCAACGCGAUUUAGUUAGUCCAGCUGUGGAUGGGAAUCUCAAUGAACAAUUGAACUGGAUAUUGUCAUAUGCUAUCAGAUUAGAAUACGCUGAUAAUGUUGACAAAUAUAAAAAUGCAAAGAUUGAAGAACAAAAAAAAGCUGCUCCAAAUGUUGUUUCUUCAAAUCCCCUAGAUAAUCUUGACUUUUUAUGCGCUUCUUUCAAAACUGGUGUUGAGAGAGUUUCAACAAUUGCUGGAGUUGGUCCACAUACCGAUCCAAAAAUUCGACUUGCAGCAAUUGCAAAGAUUCUUAAGACAGCUCCACAUCCUGACCCACCAAAAAGUGAAUCCAAUCCCAUCCAUCAACCAUCAGAUGUCUUAAAAUUGUUGUUUGUUCAAGACCUACGAAACUUGCAAACAAAAAUCAAUGAAGCUCUUGUGGCAGUUCAAACUGUUACUGCUGAUCCCCGUACUGACACUAAACUUGGCAAAGUCGGUAGAUAAGUGUUUCUUGUGUGAAGUUUCAUAGUAUUACAUAAUUUUAAAGUAUACAGAA